AUGUCGGAGCCGUCAGCAGCGCCCGAACAGCCGCGUCCAGAGACCCCCAAAAGGCCGGGGGCCUCGGCGUUGCUCCGGCUCGGCCUCUCCUACGCACCCCUCAUUACCCGGGUGUCACUCUCUCACGCCCUCAACCUCGCAGAUACCUCGCCGUACCAUAAUCUGCGAAACGCCGUGACCAUUGCCUUCUUCCGCGAGUUCAUGGCGCCCAAGGACGGAAAUCCGCAUGCCCUCUCCAAGGCCCAGAGGCGGACCGUGGCCAAGCUGCCCGUCAAAGGGAGGAUAUGGGUCAGCAAUUACACCGUCCCGACUCCUCCGGAGCCGGAGUCCGUCGCAGCAGCUUUGGGCAAGGUGAUUGAGUCCCUGAACAACCCGGAUGUUCCGCCACCAAAGAUUUACCUGCCCGACGUUGUUCCCGUGUCGGGCGAAUGGACGGGAUAUCGGGCCGGCGCCAAACAGGACGAGCCCGCCCCGACCACGUCGGACAGAGAGAAGUACGCCGAGAUGAUGAAGGAGGUCAAGAAGCCGACGACGAUACUGUACAUCCAUGGCGGCGCGCACGCGUACCUCGAUCCGGCCAGCCACCGGCCGACGGUGAAGAAGCUGGCCAAGAUCACGGGCGGCCGGGCCUUUUCCGUACGAUACAGAUUGGUGCCGCAGAGUCCUUUCCCGGCCUCACUGCUCGACUGCUUGGUCGCGUACCUCAUGCUCCUCUAUCCGCCGCCGGGGUCGUUCCACGAGCCCGUGAAGCCGGAGCACAUUGUCAUUUCGGGAGACAGCGCCGGAGGAAACUUGACCAUGGCCCUGAUCCAGGUCAUUGUCGAGCUGGACCGCCUCGGGCAACGCAUCAUGUGGCACGGCGAAGAACGGGCCGUUCCCGUACCCGCGGCGGCGGCCUGCAACUCCCCCUGGCUCGACAUCUCGCACAGCUCCGGGCCGUACUACGGCAAGACCCCGGAGGCGUUUGACUAUCUCGGGUCCAUCGACGAGCUGGGCCGGCGGGGCCUCGUCCCGUGCGACAUCUGGCCGGCGCGGACGCCGCGGAAGUUCCUGUACGGAGCCGACGACAUGAUGACGCACCCUCUGGCGUCGCCCGUCAUGCGGCGAGACUGGACGGGGUUCCCUCCCGUGUACGCCUGCACGGGGUGGGAACGGCUGGCGUACGAGGACAAGUUCCUGGCGCAGAAGCUCGAGCGGGACGGCGUGACGGUCGUGUUUGAGGAGUACGAAGCCAUGCCGCACUGCUUUGCGCUCGUGCUGGCCAGCACGGCCGAGUCGCGGAGGUGUCUGGAUGGCUGGGCCGGCUUCAUCCGCCGGGCUGUGGAGGACGCGGCUGGCUUGCGGUCCAGCGCCGUCACCGUCCAUGCCAGGACAUUGAAGGAGACGCCCCUCGAUUUCGGGGCCUUGUUUGACGUGUCGGAGGACGAGGUCAGGAGGAGGGUCGUGGACAAGGUGGCGGACACGAAGGCUUGGCUGCCGACCGAGCCCAAGCUGUAA